GUUCCGGUGAGGAGACUUACAAGAGAACCCGGAGUAGUUACGCAGGAGCAAUGGCACUUACCCAUGCCUCCCAUUCCUCCCAUAUAUGGAUCCAUCAUUCCGUAUCCACCUGCCAAAAGCAUCAAAAAGAUUUAAUAGGAGCAUCCACAUCGUCUCUUUCUACGAGAAAAGAGAAGGAUUCAUAAAGGCCUGCGCCCGGGUGGACUCGCGCAUUGGUGCUGUUCACUCAAUACACCAGGCGAUGCGAAUCGCCGACGAGGCUGGCAACACUGUCCGCCUCGCAUGGGUGCCAGGUCACGCUGGGGUCGCUGCCAACCGAAUGGCCGACUCUCUGGCAAGGGAGCUUCUUUCCUGCCCCUCAGAGACGCGUCCACAAGUGCCUGACGACCCCUACCCCAUCGACCCGGACAUAGUCCUGGCACAGGCUAAGGCGGCUCGUAGGGCCGCGCUCCGGAACAUCCUCCCGGAAAAUCCUACGCCUCUGCCGGGGAAGUUUACCCGUGCUGAAGCCACACGCCUGCGACGCAUCGUCACGGAGACAGCAGUGACACCAGCCCGCCGCGCCAUGAUGCGCCUCCAGACCUGGCAAUCAGCCACUUGCCGCUCCUGUCCAGGGAACCAGCUGCCGGAUCAGAAUCAUAUACUCUAGGGCUGCACGGCUCCGGAGAAGAGCGAUAGCCACCCUCCCCCUACUCUGAGGCCUCCGGAUCGGACGCCUGGCGCCUUCCCACUGGUCCCCCCGAGAGACGGGCACCUCAUAUUCCAGUCAUUACUUCAAUUUUUACAAGUCAAAAAUGAUGAAUAAUAUUUAAACCUCCUCCUUUACCCCUCCCCCCGCCCUGAUGGAUUCACUUCCUGGAGGCAGAAACAUUUGGUUUUUUAAUAAACUUUCUAACAACAACAUUCUAUACUAUACGU